AUGGCGCGUCUCCCUGAAAUGAAUUGGCAGAUGCCCGACUUGGCAAGUGGAUUCUCUCUCUUUAAGCAGCGCAUGGAACUAUGCUUGAAAGAUUUAGAUAUUACGGAUGAAGUGAAGAUAGCAACAAAGAUAAAGAUUGCUUUAGGUGUAGAAGGUUUGCGACGCCUCAAUGCUUCAGGUCUUAGUACUGCAGACCAGGAUAAACCAGAAAAAGUAUGGGAUUUUUUCGAGAAGCAGUUGAAAGUCAGUAUUAACUUUCGUAUCCACCGUCUUGAACUUAUGAGGUAUAGGCAGAAACCCGAAGAAUCCAUUGACGAUUUUGUGACCCGCUGUAGGGACAAAAGCCGCCAAUGCACUUUCACAGAUGCAGAACUCAACGAACGAAUAAUUGAACUGGUAAUUGCAUCUACGCAUUUCGAUGGUCUGCAGCGAGAUUUGUUGCAGAAACCAGCAGGCCACCCCCUUACGGAUGUGGUCACACUAGGAAGGCAAUAUGAGGCCAUUGCUGCUGGCAAGCAGUGUCUGGCAGACCUGACCCCAGUGUCAAACAUUGACGCGUUCAGUAGGAAACCACAGAGACCUAGCAAAGAUGGCAGAUCCAGAAUGAGUGAGCGCAAACAAUGCGGUAAUUGUGGACUGCAUCAUCCCAGGAAAUGCCCAGCAUAUCAUGAUAACUGCAAGUACUGUGGGAAGAAGGGGCAUUGGGCCAAAUUCUGCAGGUCCAAGUCAGAUAGAAGACGUGGACCGAGCCAUGAGAAGGUUGACACUUCGCCUUUAGAAGUGAAUGAACAGAUACCCUCUACCCAUGAGGAGGAUUGUGUCCCUCACCAUUUCAGCACGAUAGUGAUUUCAAGCAUGGACACCAAGGACGAAGAAGAGGACAAGGAAGCUUUCGCAGUAUUAGAUAUCGCUUGUCCGUACAAGGCCGGGCAACAUCACCUGAAGGUGAAGAUAGAUACUGGAGCAGGGGGCAACACACUCCCUCUUCGUAUUGUAAACAAAAUGUACCCCGAUGGGCAGUGGCGCUCUAUUGUAAGGCCACGGCGCGUCCGGCUCAUGGCCUAUGGUGAAACGGUUAUCCCAUGUAUCGGUUCUCUUGAUCUCAUGUGUCAAUAUGACGAUUCAGGUUGGAGUAAACGGGAGUUUUUCGUGGUCAAUGUACCAGGACCUUUAAUAUUAGGCCUUUCAAGCUGCAAGGCCCUUAAGCUGGUCACUCUCCACACGGUGGAACAAUGUGUUGAAGCACCUGUAAAUGUUCCAGGUCAAGCACCAUGCAUACGGACAGUAGACGACCUUAUUUCACGAUGGCCGAGCCAAUUCGACCGCAUAGGUAACUUCAAGGACCCAGCUACCCUUCUGUUGAAGGAAGAUGCCAAUCCGCACAUAGAUGCCCCACGGAAGUGCAGCAUUCAUAUCAAGGAUAAGUUAAAAACCGAGCUUGACAAGAUGGAAAAACAGUGUGUAAUUCGUAAGGUAACGCAUCACACUGAUUGGUGCAGCUCAAUCACUACAUCAGUAAAGAAGGAUGGAUCAAUCCGGGUGUGCCUAGAUCCCAAGCGCCUGAAUGAAAGUCUCAAGCGGUGCCCUCACAAAAUCCAAACACUCAAAGAGAUCAACCCAUCAUUUGCGAAUGGGAAGUUCUUCACUAAGUUAGAUGCGAAAUCUGGCUAUUGGUCAGUGCAUCUGAGUGAAGAUUCACAAGAGCUGACUACAUUCCGUACUCCGUUCGGGAGGUAUUGUUUUCUUCGUCUUCCGUUUGGGCUUUCAACAAGCCAAGAUCUAUUCCAACAGCGAAUGGAUGACAUAAUAGGGCAGACCCAAGGAUGUGUUUGCAUAGCAGACGAUAUAGUCGUCAUGGGCAGGACGGAAGAAGAGCACGACCUAAACCUCACAAAGCUGCUUGAGGUGGCCUCAAAGGAGGGACUCGUAUUCAACAGCAGCAAAUGUGUAGUGAAAGCGAGCUCGAUCAACUUCUUCGGGACGAUUUACUCAGAUCAAGGAAUCAGUCCCGAUCCCUGCAAGGUGGAAGAUAUCCACACAAUGUCUACCCCACAGGAUAAAGAGGACCUUCAGAGGUUUCUAGGCAUGAUGAACUUCCUGUCACCCUACAUCCCGAACUAUGCAGACCAAGUCGCUAUUUUGCGUUAUCUCAUGAAGAAAGAUGUCCCAUUCAUGUGGCAAGAGGAUCACCAGGAGGCAUACUGCCAGCUGAAGAAGGCUAUCCAGCAAGACAGCUUGCUGAAGUACUACGAUCCAGGGCUACCUGUCACCCUUGAAGUAGACGCUUCAUCCAAAGGAUUGGGAGCAUGUCUCUCACAGCGUGGAAGGCCUGUGGCAUACGCCUCGAAAAGUCUCUCUCCCUGCCAAGCCCAGUACUCAAAUAUUGAGAGGGAAACACUGGCACUUGUCUUCGGGAUUACCCGAUUUCACACUUACCUCUUUGGGAGAGACUUCAAGAUACUGACUGACCACAAACCACUUGUGACGAUAUGCAGCAAGCCACUCACAAGUGCCCCGCCCAGGCUACAAAGGCUCUUAGUGAAGAUUCAAGGAUACAACUUCACAAUUGAACACAGACCAGGAACAGAGAUGAUUAUUCCUGACACGCUCAGUAGACUGCCAAAUCCGACGAAGGCAGAAGACAUUCCGCUGGAUGUCCACGUAGAAAGCAUACUACUGGACGAGGUUGAGGACCCAUUGGGUAUCGAUCUGCUCCAUUUCGGGAGCCUCAAGCAAGAAGCACUACAGAAGGAGACUACCAGGGAUCCUAUUCUACAGCAAGUGAAAGAAUUCACUCAUGCUGGUUGGCCUGCAACUAUUCAGGAACUUCCAAGCGAUUUGCGCCCAUUCUGGCCAUUUCGUGAUGAACUAGGCAUGUCUGGAGGUGUCCUCUUCAAAGGCAGGCAGGUGAUCAUUCCCCAAUCUAUGAGACAAGAUAUCCUUCAGCAACUGCACAAAGGCCAUCCGGGCAUCGAGAAGAUGAGACUCCUAGCGCGCCAGUCGGUUUACUGGCCAAACAUAAAUCGCCAGAUUGACGAAAGUGUCAGAUUGUGCAACCAAUGCCAGGAAAGGAUGCCUGAGCAGAGAAGGGAACCACUCCUUCCUCAUGAAAUCCCUAUCACACCUUGGACCAAAGUAGGCAUGGACCUGUUUGAGUUGAAUAUGGUUCAGUAUCUUCUUAUAGUCGAUUAUCAUUCGAAAUUCCCAGUCGUACAGCGGUUGACUUCCACAACGAGUGCAAGUGUGGCGAAUGCUGUAACUGGCAUAUUUGGCCUUCUGGGAUCUCCUACAGAGAUUAUGUCAGACAAUGGCCCACAAUUCAUCGGUGCAGCUUUUCAGCAAAUGUGCAAGGAAUGGGGAAUUACGCAUCAGACCUCCUCACCAAGGUACCCCCAGUCAAACGGACAAAUAGAGCGUACGGUCCGAACAGUGAAAGAGAUCAUACGGAAAACACAGACAACUGGAGAAAGUACAGCAGCAGCUCUACUAAACCUACGAUGUACUCCAGUGGAUGCCCAUCUUCCAUCCCCAGUCGAAAUGAUGUUCGGCCGCCAAGUCCGAACACUACUUCCUGCUAACCUUGAUUCGAAUACAACAUAUCAAGGACAAAAGAACCAGGAACGUUUGGAGCAGCGCAGGGGACGCAUGAAGACAGACUACGAUGCGGUUGGAAGCAAGCAAGAGCUCCAGCCACUCAGAGUAGGACAGAAAGUCCGCUUCCUGGACAAAGAAUCCCACACUUGGAUUCCAGCUGAGGUGACAAACUUAUGUAAUGAUCUACAGGCCAGGUCGUACAUAGUCACAACCCCAAAUGGCACGCGACUCAGAAGGAAUAGGAGGAAGGAGCCAACUGUUCUUGUUGGUGCUUUGAGGAACACCAAGGAAGCCAGGACAGUGUUACGUAGUCCUCGAGAGAAGCGCCUAUUCAUGCUCUGCAUUGACAGCAGCAAUUGCUACAAGAUAUUUCUAGUACUACAGCUGGAUUACCCUGCCCAGGCAGCUGUCAUACGGGACUUCUUUGAUCGUCUCAUUUAUGGAAUUCGUACCAAUGAUUUUAUUAACCAUGGACCCUAA